AUGAACGUCGUUCUUAGAGAUGGCGGUAGCUACGCUUGCAACGCGACAGAUCAGUCAGGUCAAACCAUCCAAUGGCCCAAUAGUCUUGGAAUAAUCUUAUACGUAAGAUCAGGUGUGUUUGUUUUGCUUUGUUAAAGGGGCUAUGUCAUGAGUUGUUGUCUUGGGUAAAUUCUUUGCUUAAAAAAGUCAUUACAGUUGAACCCAGUUAAUACGGUCACCAAUGGUCCAAAUUAAAAAAAUUUGGCCGUAAUAACGAAGUGGCCGUAAGGAGGGGUUACACUGUAACUAAUGCUCUUACUCAUAGACAAAAUGCUCCUAUAGAGUUUUAAAAAAGAUAGUAUCCGACCAAUCUCAUCAGGGAGCACUAACCAUGCUAAUUUUUAAAUUUUUGGUGAUUUUUGGAGGCAUGGUAUUAAAACUUGAUACCGUUGGCCUAAUUUUUUCAAGUUCAAUCCAUGUUUAUUCUUGCCUGAUCGGCCGCGUAAAAACAAACGAGAGAAAAUUAACAGUUUCUUCAACGCCUAAAUAUAUAGAGACACCCAACAAGAAUAUAGUUCAAAACCACUUAAACAUGGCGUUGUUAAACUUAUUUUUGUAUUUAAACGGUAGAUAUAGGAAUAUUUUUAUCCCCUAAAAAUUUUUCAUGAUCUGUUCGGAUUUCCUAGCUGAACGUCUAGUGAUCUGAAAAUUAUAGGGAUCAAGACUUACCUUUUCGAAAAUUUCAGACAGAAACAAGGCUCCCGAAAAUUCUAGGUGACCUUUUUAGGGUCGUUAAAAAUGUUCAAUUAUACCAUUUUGUGGAUGUUAGAAAAUCCUAGGAGAGGCAGGCAAGCAAGAAAUUUUACAACAAAUGUUCCGAAAAUUCUAGAUCUCAAAUCGUCUUUCGAACAGAUAUUUUCCGAAAAUUGACGUUGGGUGUGCCUGAAUUAAUAUAGUCUGAGUUGCAAAAUUUUAAAAACUGGACCAUUUUUGUUUUGGUAUUUAAUUGAUAGAUCAGUUUUAGAUUUUCAAAGACAGCGAAUAGUGUGACGUAGACCCCCACUUUAUAGACAAGCAACGUGACUGAGUAUAGCUGUUAGAAAGUUCGUGCUCAUAAUAUCAUUGUUUAUUUCGACUUACCGGUGACAUUAGCUGUGGUCACACUACAGAAUUUUACUUUUACCUAGGUAAAACCGAUUUACCUAGGGCAAAUUCAUUAAAAAAUCUCCGUAAGUAAAUUCAUCUCGGGUUUUUUUUUACCUAGGUAAAACUUCUGGGAAGGUCACACUACUGAUAUCGGCUCCCAAAGUUUGGAUUUUGAAUUUUGAAUUUUGAAUUUUUUGGAACGUAAAUUCAAGAAUUAUGCGCCAAACUGGAACGGUUUCCGCAAGAGUUGCGUGAUACCCGGGGGAUACGUACUCAACAAAGUUUUAUUCGGGGAGGCUCCGUCCCGAGGUCUGCCCCCUUACCCAUUUAUACGCACCCCUUUUGCCCUACUUAAAACUGUCUUUAAGGAAGAAUAUAUCACAAAAUCAGAACGUUUUCUCGACUUUUUCACAGUACAUAAAAUGCAUGUUAGCCCUUUUGCGCCUUUUUGCAGAAGAAAAUAACAUAUCUUCCCACGCUUUCAUCUACCUGAACUAAUUAAAUCCUUACCCUUUUUUCAUCCUUGAAGAAUGAAAACGGUACCCGUUCGGGCGGAGCUUCCCCGUAUAGGCCAUGGUAGGAAGGACCUCUCUUCUCCCGGGUUGUGUGUCAUAAAAAUAUGUGGCAUUUAUCAUGUUUAUAUUUUAAAACAUUAACAGUAUAUUGUCCACUUUUGUCUCUGUUUGGUUGUUGUUGUUGUUGUUUUUUUCAGUCUAUGAGAUUCUUGUGCUUUAUCAAAAGUUUUUAUUCAUUUAUUUAUCAUGUUCAUGAGAGGAGUAUUAAAAACAAAAUUUUAAUUUUUCAUUUUCUCUUCAGUUGAACUGCCAAAACAUUUUGUGCUGAUUCCGAACAAAUCUAUCACUCUGUUUCGUGGGCAGGAUAGCAGAGUAACUUGUGAAUGUGAUGGUGCUGCAGAUGCCACUCUAAAGUGGGAAAAGAAAGGGAAUAAAGGAUCAUAUUCGGUUGUCCCCGAAAGUAAAGUCACCAUCAUUGAAGAUCUGCUAACCAACAGAGUGCAGGCUAUUCUGAAGAUUGUUAAUGCCCAAUUAACAGACUCUGGUUCAUACAAAUGCAUCGUAAUGGUAGAACCUGAUAAAUCAGAUUACAGGUUGACAACUGUGAGAGUUAUAGGUAGGUUUGUCCGGUUUUUACACAUUGAAUAAUAACUGGGCUUUUAACCAAGGCAUGGGGUGAGGGGGGAGGAAAUUGAGCAAAAUUUUAUAGUGGCAGGCAUUGGGUUCCUAAAUACGAGAAAGCUCCGUCCUGAAGUGAAAACCUUUACCCAAGUUCUGCUGCAUUUACCGCUACCAUUUUGACAAAAAAGGUGUAGCCCUUUCGACCAUCCAUUGAGAAAUCUUCAUCCCUUUUUUAAACCCUUGGAAUAAAGCUAUUGAAUGAUGCUGAGGGGUAACAGCCACAGUACGGCACUCUCGACGUUUGAGUUUCAAUCCUUCAAUGGAAUCACCCGGCAAUUCAAACAAAAUCUCUUUGACCGUCCUUUGCCAAAUUUGAUGUUUUAAUAACAUUUUGAUUUAUUUCAUCGUCAUUUAUUGGCAUAGCUUAGUAAAUCCCUAAAAUAAUAGGGCGAGGAUCUCAGAAAAAUACGGGUAAAAAUUUCUUCGUGGAAAUCCUGUUCGAUUAUGAUAAAAUAGUAAUUAAGAUCAACGUGUUGUCGUUUUCCACGGCAGCUCAGUUGGCAGACCACUUCAGGCUGAGACCAAGCAGAUCAGUAACUGUGCUACAAGGCAAGGAGGUAAAAGUCAAAUGUGAAUCAAAGGGUGUUUCAGUCACCAAGCUACAGUGGAAAAAACAAACGAUUACAGGGGAUGUGCCUGUUCCAGACAACAUGGUCACUUUUGUUAGAGAUAGAUACACCAACGCCAUGAAGGCCUUUCCUCAAGAUCGCGCAUGCUAA